AACGUGUAUGGGUCACGAACCGAGCCAAAUGAGUAGGUAUAUAUAUUUCGCGACGAGCUUCCACAAUCAUCAGUCACGUCUUACCAGUUUCAACAGAAGCAGCUUCUCCCAAUCAAUUGAAAAUGAUCAAAAUCGUCGCCCUUCUUGCCUGUGUGGCUGUCGUUAUUGUUGCCGCUGAGGAACAUCACUCGCAUCCCAAAUACAAGUACGAAUACGGAGUGAAGGAUGCCCACACCCAUGACCACAAGAGCCAGUGGGAACACCGUGACGGAGACGUCGUAAAGGGUCAGUACACUCUGGAUGAGGCCGAUGGAACUCACCGUGUAGUAGACUACAGCUCGGACCACAAAACCGGAUUCCAGGCUCAUGUUCAACGCAGCGGACAUGCUCACCACCCACAUGGCGAAAGCUACGCCAACAUUGAUCAACAUCACUAGGAUCUGAUGGAAUUGACUGAUUAAUUAAAGUUUUAUGUGAAAGUUGAA